AUGUACGACUUUCUCGCCCGGUAUAGCUCCUCAUCAGACUCUGGCCACCACUCCCUGGCACGCCUCUGCUCUGAAUUCGACUCCAGGCGCGCGAAACUCACUCCCAGUGAUCUGAGCACUAUGCUGGUGGCAGAGCGAGGUACCGGCACCCAAGAACCCCUGGUCGCGGCCUUUGAGGACGUCGAAGUCGCCGCCGCUUUCAACGGUCUGUCUGCCAGUGCCGACGUCGGUAGUGGCAGCGCUAAGAACA